CGACCAACUACCAUGGGCAAACGCAAAAAGUCCUCCCGCAAGCCAACCGGCCCGCGCAGGAAAGACCCUCUCGAGACAAACUUCACAUGUCUCUUCUGCCACCAUGACAAAUCUGUGUCUGUUCGCAUAGACCGAAAGGAGGGUGUAGCGCAGCUGUUCUGCAAAAUUUGUGACCAGCGAUACCAAAGCAAGGCGAACCACCUUACGGAGCCAAUCGACAUCUACUCGGAGUGGAUCGAUGCUGCGGACGCCGCUGAGAGAGACGCCACGACGACACGUAGACCCGUCGCUUCCUCGAGCAGACCAGCUCGCGCUCCUUCCGUGGGUAGCGACGACGACUGAAUCGCCCCUCCUUCAGACCUGCUCCCGACCCUUCGUUCUUAGUGUACGCCCAUCGUAUCUCUCCCGGACUCAUCUCAGAUUCUCUUGUAUGACCACGUCCUGUGUAUUGUUAAAUAAACAACAUGAACCU